CAUUCAUGUCUAUCUUCACCCUUCCAAAGUUCAAAGGGCGUCCAAUAAAAAAAAGUUCAAAGGGUGAAGAUAUAAUUUUCACAAUCCAGAGAGCCGCCAGAGCGAAAGCCUGUCUCUUCUCCAUUGAUGGGUCAUGGCUGAAUCGGCUGAUGCAAGGAUGUUUACAAUUUGAACUUUCUGAAAGGACUGCACACAAAGUGUUUGAUGAAAUUCCUGUACGGCUUUGUCUUGCGUUUUUCAAUAUUUCCAGCGUGUGUUCUGAUGUUUCGGACCCCGAAGUGGCAUAGUGCAUUGUUCACUUUCAGCAAGUCAAACAGUUAAAUAACUACUUGUGUAUGAGUAUGGCUCUUGGGAAUGUUGCUGCUCUGCAAUUUUCGGCUUCUGCUCUUUUCGGGAUUCGUUCAGCAACUUCCAGCUUUCAACAACCCAUGCAGACCAGAAUAAAUUUCUCCGUGAAGCCGUUGGUAAUGAGAGCAAGGGGGAAUGCCCAAACAGAAAGUGCGAAAAUUCGAAACAGAAGAAUGCAAAAGAAGUAUAAUGGCACGCCUAAAAGACCACGGCUUUCAGUAUUCUGUUCAGGUAAACAGUUGUAUGCUAUGCUGGUAGAUGAUCAAAACAAGAACUGUUUGUUCUAUGGAAGCACUCUGCAAAAAUCUGUGCGUCAAAAUUCGCCUUGUAGUACCAGUGUAAGUGCACCCCAAGCUUGUGAAGCUGCUAAACGCGUCGGCGAGGAGCUCAUCAAGGCGUGCAACGAUCUCAACAUACAUGAAUUAUCAUCUUACGAUCGCAAUGGUUUUGCCACCGGGGAAAGGAUUCGGGCAUUUGAGAUUGCAAUUUCUGAACAUGGGUUCUUGCCAAGAUAGAUCUGCAUCUGCUAUGUGAACUCUUGUUGAUAAUACAUGGAAUUGAAUUGUUCUUUUGCAA